AAAACGAGGUGGAAGAAAGGGUUCUUCAAGAAUGCGUGUAGCGUUGGGAACGAUUAUAGCGCCGCUGCCGCUGCGUCCGUGCGCUGGAAGAGUGCGAUGCGCCACUGAGGCAUCGGAGAAUGGUUCCCUUGUUGGCAAGCGCAGGGGCCCAAUCGUGGCUGAUAUUCCCCUGGAGCAAAUACGAAGGCCGCUACUCCGGACUCGAUCAAACGAUCCCGACAAAGUGAAGUCGCUCAUGGACAGCAUUGCGGAGAUCGGCCUCCAAGAGCCCAUCGAUGUCUUGGAGGUUGAUGGGCAGUACUAUGGAUUUUCCGGGUGCCAUCGAUUCGAAGCACAUCAAAAGCUCGGCCUUCCAACGAUCCGGUGUAAGAUCCGGAGAGCGACCAAAGAAACUCUCAGACACCACCUCCGGUGAAAGUUGGAAUCUCGCGAGCUUCGAAAAAAUCGCGACCUCUGCGACAAAGAAAAGAAGAAAGAUCUGGAGAACUUCUUAAGGUAGUAUCUCAAUCUGUGAACUGAUCAAUCUGUUCUUAUCUACAGCGUCUAGCUUGUUUAUUUCUACGUUAA